AUGACAGUGGGCGCUUUUUCCGAGUGGCGAAAACUGCCCGUGAGCCUCAGUGAACUUUGCAUCAACACCACCCUCCGCUGUGGGCAAUCCUUCCGAUGGCAGAAAGUCCCCGACACCGAUGAAUGGCGAUGCGUCCUCCACGGACAUCUCCUCUCCCUUAAACAAGACCCAUUGCAUCUCUACUACCGAACCUACCGCAACACCGCACCCUCACGCCCCAUCCCUACACCUCCAUCCUCAGACAAACCCGCCACCGAGCCAACAACCCAAGAAGACACCACCACCCUCUCCCUCCUAGCCCACUACUUCAACCUCUCCUCAAACCUCACAUCCCUCUACGAGCAAUGGUCCGCUCACGACGCCAACUUCCGCAAGAAAGCCCCCCAGUUCACAGGCGUGCGCAUCCUACGCCAGGACGCCUGGGAAGCGCUCGUAUCCUUCAUCUGCAGUAGCAACAACAACAUCGCGCGGAUCUCUCAGAUGGUCGAGAAACUCUGCCUCCACUACGGCCCGCACAUCGCCACCCUCGACGGCCGCGCGUACCACGACUUCCCUGCGCCGGAGGCCUUGACCGGCGACGAUGUCGAGCCCCGUCUGCGCAGUCUUGGCUUCGGGUACCGCGCGAAGUACAUCUACCAGACGGCGGUGAUUGUGGCGCAGCAGCGCGAGAAGGGGUGGUUGGAUUCGCUGCGGAACCCGGAGGCCCCUGCGUUUGGGGUGGGUGGUUCCGGGGAGGGCACGGAGGAGUCGGUGGAGAUGCGGCCGGAGGGAAGACAGGGAUAUCGCGAGGCGCAUGAGAAGCUACUGGAGUUGCAGGGGGUUGGACCGAAGGUCGCGGAUUGUGUUUGUCUGAUGGGGCUGGGAUGGGGGGAAGCUGUGCCGGUGGAUACGCAUGGUGAGUUUGUUGACGAUGCCGGGUAUGUGCGCGACGUGCUGACAUGGACAGUGUGGCAAAUCGCUCAGAGGGAUUACAAGUUUGGCAAGGGAUCGCACAAGUCCUUGACCAAGGCUACAUACGACGCUGUCGGGAACCAUUUCCGCAAGCUUUGGGGCAAGGAGGCCGGCUGGGCGCAUAGCGUGCUUUUCACGGCGGAUCUCAGGACGUUCUCCGACAGGCUGGUCGCGUCGAAGGAAGUGAAGGUGAAGGUGAAGACCGAGGAUGAAGAAGUUGAGACGAAGACUAGCGUUGCUGUGAAGAGGGUUGCGCCUUCGAAUGGAGUGAAGACUGAGGAUGAAACGAAGGACGAAGUCAAAGCUAUCAUCGAGACGACUGAAACGACGAGGCGAUCGUCGAAGCGUCUUCGGAAGCGCUAG